AUGGUAUCUGCAUCGCUCUUGGUCCUUUCCCUUGGUGCCCUCUCGGCCUUCGCUGCACCUUCCAAGCGCCAGUCCGCCGACAACGGUUCAUGCCGUGCUCUGCAGACCACCUGCGCCGGGUCAGUCAAGUCCGAUCUCAGCGACGCCUGGAACAUCAAGGCCUGCGUCUUCGGCGCAACUUGCUUCGGUGGCCAACACCCUGUGGACGGUUUCCUUGCCGCUGUCUACGCUGACCGUGGCCUUAGCGGUACCGCGCCACAGAGUGUCAACCUGCCGCGUGUGACCACCUCCCUCUUCAACUCCAUCUCUACCGACGGGAAGACCGUGAGCCAGCAGAACUUCAUCGACGGGUACUACUCCUCCCUCGAUGCCACUGGCGGCCCGUACCCGACCAGCGCCCAGUAUGUUAUCGACCUCUUUGGCAACUUGCAGGACUGGACGGCCUUCUGCAACGCGGCUAUCCCAUUCCAGAACUUCGCCGACUACUUCCAGUACUCGUCCAGCGUUAGCAGCUCCAAUUGCGGAGUUGCCACGGCCGGUAUCCUCUCGCCCGUCACGUCGGAGGCGUCGGCGGUCUUCACGUCAGUGCUGGCCUCGACCUUCACGUCGCGCGCAUCUUCAGCUGUCACGUCGCAAGUGUCUUCAGUGUCCGCUUCGGUGCCCUCUUCGGCCGUCACAUCGCGUGCAUCGCAGGUAUCCUCAGCCGUCACGUCGGCCCUGCCGGCGUCGGCUGUCACGUCUAGGGCCUCCUCUGCCGUCGCCACCGCCCCGUCUGUUGAGACCACUGCCGCCUGA